GACGAGGAAACAGCGAUGAGCAGCGGUCAAGGUGGACCCCACUCCCUGGCCUUCCGGGUGAUGAGGCUGUGCAAGCCCUCAUUCCAGGUGGACCCCAUUCCCCUCCUUCUCGACCCCGCCGAUCUCGUCGUCGGCGAGGACAUUUUCGACGACCCGAUGGCAGCCGCGCAACUCCCCCGCCUCCUCGACGUCCACGACUCCUUGAACCCCUCCUCAUCCGCCUCCUCUGACUCCUCGGAUCUCACCUACCGCACCCGUUUCCUCCUCCACCACCCCUCCGACUCCAUUGGCCUCUCUGGCCUCCUCGUCCUCCCCCAAGCCUUCGGAGCAAUAUACUUAGGGGAGACAUUUUGUAGCUAUAUUAGCAUCAAUAACAGCUCCAAUUUCGAAGUCAAGGACAUUAUAAUCAAGUCGGAAAUGCAAACAGAAGGGCAGAGACUUGUGCUGCUGGACACGUCAAAUUCGCCAGUUGAAUCCAUACGUGCAGGCGGCCGUUAUGACUUCAUUGUUGAACAUGAUGUCAAGGAACUCGGAGCUCACACGUUGGUUUGCACUGCAUUGUACUAUGACGGUGAUGGUGAGCGUAAAUAUCUACCACAGUUCUUCAAAUUCAUUGUUUCCAAUCCGCUUUCUGUCAGGACGAAGGUCCUCGUUGUAAAGGAACUCACGCUUUUAGAAGCUUGCAUCGAAAAUCAUACCAAGUCAAAUCUUUUUAUGGAACAAGUUGAGUUUGAGCCUGCUCAGCAUUGGAGUGCAAAAAUCCUAAAAUCAGACGAACACCAUUCCGAAAAGAAUUCUCAAACAAGAGAGAUAUUUAAGCCACCAAUUCUCAUCAAAUCUGGCGGAGGAAUUCAUAACUAUCUUUAUCAGUUAAUAUCACAUGAUUCUGCCCACGGGAAAGUUGAGCGAAGCAAUAUUCUUGGUAAACUUCAGAUAACAUGGCGCACUAAUCUGGGCGAACCUGGUCGCCUACAAACACAGCAAAUUAUGGGAACUCCCAUAACACGAAAGGAUGUUGAGUUGCAUGUUGUGGAGGUGCCAUCUGCCAUCAAGUUGGAAAGACCCUUUUCGCUACACUUGAAUUUAGCAAAUGAGACAGAUGAGGAACUUGGCCCUUUCGAAGUUUGGUUAUCACAAGAUGAUUCACGUGAGGAGAAGGUGGUUGUGAUUAAUGGUCUUCAAACUGUGGUUUUGCCAAGGGUUGAGGCGUUUGGUUCCACAAAUUUCAAUCUGAAUCUGAUUGCCACUAAACUCGGAGUUCAGAGGAUCACGGGCAUUACUGUGUUUAACAUAAGAGAGAAAAAGUCAUACGACCCUUUGCCAGAUAUGGAGAUUUUUGUGGAUCUCGACUAAUCUAUGCUUAGGUUUUACCGGUUUUGCUUCCCGUCUUGUGAGGGGAUUAUCAAACAUGGAGCAGACGCCAUGAUCUGUCUCUUCAAUGAGCUUUAAUCAAGUUCAAGUCCUAUUACUGGUUGAUAUUUACCCUCCUCCGGCUUUCGAUGACUUGCUUCGGUAAUCUCUUCCUUCCCUAACCAAGCAUUUGACGGUUUGAUUACAUUUAGGAACUAUUGUAUAGUUGUAAGAUUAGAAAGACCGAAAACGUGCUUCACAUCUAGUUGUGACUUGCGAUGAAACGCGCGUAGUCUAAAAGGAAAUUACAGAUUUCUGAUACAUUUGCUUGGAAACUAUUGUUACAUCAGACGAACUCCAUUUUUUCUCUC